AUGGCUGGAGGACCUGGAGGAGCACCACGACCCAUACAGCUGCAGGCACAUGACCCCCCCCUGCGCUAUGUGGGGGACAUGCUGGCAUGGGUGCAUCAGGCCCUCUCUUCUGAACGUGAGGCGGCCCAAUCACUUUUUGCCAAGUGGUCCAAUCUAGACCCAACAGAGCAGACAAGGAGUGCUGUGGCCAGCGUAUCGGAGAGUGUUUGCCGUCCUCUCAGAACCAGAAUUGAGCAGACGAUUGUGACAGACCAGCGUCGGGAGGGAGGCAAGAAACCCGUCAUGUUGUACAAGAUAAGCAACCUCCUCAGAUUCUAUCACAACACUGUUUUGCAGGUGACUGAUGCAGGACUGCUGGUGGCCACUCUUGAUGAACUCCACCAGCUAAGCUACAAGAUGUUUUUAUAUCAGCACUGCAGAGUCAAUCUGCUCACUGAGGUGGUUACUGCCACCACUGUGGCUGACGACGCACACCAUGAUUGUAAGCAGCAGAUUGUGAGUUGUGUGGUGGAUCCUCUGAUGAAUGCGAUAAGUGAGAGUGCAACUGGACUGGGUGCAGUGGAGUCUUCUGUGUAUCUGCUCAACUGCUUCCACCAGCUGCACACCACUGGGGAUAAACUAGAGAUGAUCCAGGGACAGAUUGAUGCCCAGCUGGACACACUGAGCCAGGAGCAGAUCAAUGGGGUGUGUGUGUCAUAG